AAGUGGUUGCUGGUGGUUGCUGUGAUAUCCCAGGGGGUUGCUAGGUGGUUGCUGGUGGUCGCUAUGAUAUCACAUGUGGUUGGUAGAGGGUUGCUAGGUGGUUGCUGGUGGUUGCUAUGAUAUCCCAGGGGGUUGCCAGGUGGUUGCUGGUGGUCGCUAUGAUAUCCCAGGGGUUGCAGAAACCGCGGGACGAGUUAGUGGACAAAAAUCUGGCAGAAAAAGGAGAAAAAGAAGAAGAAUAUAAAUGGAAUAACAGCAGUGUUUUAAUACAUUUAUUACAACGCCGGAUCGGUGACCUCAGAGUCGAUCGGGUCAAACUGGUAAAAAAGCAGAAGAAUUAUCACAACACACCAGAAUUAAUGCUCUCCGAUGAUGACGUCUGCGUCACGUGACGAGCCGAGCGGAAACGAAGCAAAGCAAAAUCUUCACAAAAGCAGCGAAAGGAGGCGGACUGGGGACCCAGCGCUGACGUGAUCUCCACAGAGGUGUGUGUGAUGGCGAGGUUUAGUGUAAGCAGGUGAUGUGAAGAGGGAACGCUGCACGAGUGUGCAGGACUCACCACCAGACCCCUCCCCAUCUCCUCGUCCUCCGCCGCUCUCCGAGUCAUGAAGCUGAACGAGCGCAGCGUGGCGCACUACGCCACCUGUAACUCUCCGCCGGAUAAGACGGGUUUCCUGUGGAAGAAGGGCGAGCGGAACCCGACGUAUCACCGCCGCUGGUGCGUGCUGAAGGGGAACAUGCUGUUCUACUUCGAGGAGCGCGACAGCCGCGAGCCGGUGGGCGUGAUCGUCCUGGAGGGCUGCACCGUGGAGCUCUGCGACUCCGAAUCCGAGGAGUUCGCCUUCGCCAUCCGCUUCGACUGCGCGCGAGCGCGCGUCUACAAGCUGGCCGCCGAGAGCCAGGUCGCCAUGGAGUCGUGGGUGAAGGCGCUGUCCCGCGCCACCUUCGACUACAUGAGGCUGCUGGUGCGUGAGCUGGAGAGGCAGCUGGAGGAGGCCCAGCAGGGGGCGUUGUCACAGCAGGCCAAGAACAAGCCCAAGAAGUCGCAGGUGCAGGGAGGAACUGGAGGACGCUCCAAACCCACCAGCCUGCAGGGACCCCUGACGCAACCCACAGGGUCUCCUGAAGAGGGACUGCUGUCGCUCAUUCCCGGGAAGGAAAAUGGAGUGUCCUGGAAUAAACCGGCUGGUCUGUCUAACGGAGUGGGUGAGGGGUCCGGAGUUGUCUGGGAGGCGGAAAGCCGAGGGGAUUCGGUCAGACCCCCACCCAUCCCCCCACGCAGGAAAACCCCCGGGGGGUCUCUGGAAGACCCCGUAUCCCCCGGGACAGGCUGCUUCUCCAAACUGCACGACUGGUACGGAAAAGAAGUGGCUGAGCUCAGAGUGGAGUGGCUGCAGAGUCAGUGAGACGGACGGACUGAGCACAGAAUGAGGAGAGAGAGAGAGUAAGGAGGACGAAGACAGUGUUAUUAGAGCGCUUCUAGAAGGACGUUUGGUGUCCAUCAAGUUGAUUACGCGCUAUUUAUAUUCAUUAGCAUCUUUGAUAAGAUGCUUAAAGGGGAAUUUCACUGAAGUCUUAAAAUUCCUGCACAAUUAACUGUUUAAGAUGUAAACAGAGUCGUUUAGAGUGGUUUGGUUUGAAAUGCUCCGUUCUAGAGAAUCUUACAAACACAGUUCUUUACAGUGGUGGUGACAGGAACCAGACAUCCCGAAGCCGCUAAGAGCUCCGCCACAGAAAGUUAUUACAUGAAACGAUUAUAAAGACACUGUUGUUUUAUAACAGCCUAAAAUGUAUUUUUAGAAUCUGUUCAUAUCAGAGAAAUCUUAAUAUUUCAGGUUUUCCACUAUUUUUCCAUCAUCAACAUUCCAUAUAAGCUCAGAAGACUCGUGUAGGUUCACUGGUGGUUUUGGAUAGUAAAGAAAUUGUCUAUAUUUGUGUUGUAGUCAUGGCGACCCCUGGUUCCUCUCACCACCACUGUACCAUCUGAACCAUUUCACACCAAACCACUCUGAAUGACAAACAUACAGCAAUAAAAAACAAUGAAAUUCCCCUUCCUAGCCUUUUUUCCUCCUCUCUCUUGCUCAACAUCACUGUGACUGACUGAAGCCCCCCCAGACCAUCUCUUCUUGGCUCACACAUGGUAGUAUCAGAGGAUGUUCCUUCAAAACUGUAGAACUUGCCAUGUGUAUUGCUCUCAAUGGGAAGAGGUGCAUUUCGAACGGAUGCCCAGAUGUAGAUGUGAAGACAGCCUCAGACUCUUUACUGGACUACGUUACACUGAGGUGCUCCACCUUCUUGCCUUUUUCUUAUCGUACUUUGGUACACUUGGAAGAUCUCUCUCAGAAAGAGAGAGAACUGGUGAUGUUAUUUUAUCCACAGGAGCUAAAGACUGAGGUUCACCAGUAUAACCAUUUUUAUUCUUAUAUGCAAACAUAUACACAGUGUUGCUGGUUUAUUAGGUACCUAAUAAACUGGCAACUCCGCAGAGGUGUGAAAACGAGUCACAAAUUUGUUGACUUUGACAAAAGCUAAAAAGACUUGACUCGGACUUUGACUUGGACUCGAAACGACUCGAGACCUGAAGCAGAAGAAACAUGUAGGGGGGUCUGUCUGUAGACGCGUACUGUUCGUGUGAAAGGACUCAUUUCACACGAACAUUUUACAUCUCAUGUAAAUCUAAAGGACAGCAACCUUGUCAGAUGUCGGUUACUAUGGUUACACUGCUUAUUUUAUUUCACAAAAUAAGUGAAGCAUGAGAAGUGAAGUUCACCUCCAUAAGCUAGAAACAACCCAUUCAGCCUACAGCAGUUUAGCCCCGCCCAAUCAGCCUACAGCAGUUUAGCUCCACCCAUUCAGCCUACAGCAGUUUAGCUCCACCCAUUCAGUCUACAGCAG